CUGGAUGGGGGUGGGGGAUCAAAGCAAAAGGAGGAGACAGAGGAGGAAAGGCGAGGAUGGGAGACAGCAUCACUGCAGCGGAAGCGAGCUCCCUGCCGCUAUUUGCAACGACUGUUUACUCUUGUUUUGCUGAGAGACGGCUAUCUCUCUCCCAACCUCCUGUGUGAGUCAUGGGAGUGAUUUAGUGUAGGUGAGUGGAGCGGAGCAGCAACAGAAAGCCACAGUCCUGCUCGUGUGUCUGCGUCGUGGGCAGACUGCCACAUGUGACCGAAGGAUCCAUGCCAGCCCAGAGAGAACAGGAAAAACACCUCUCCCACAAACAACAUUUAGUCUGUUCGCGUCAGCAGACAGGUGCCCCCCUGGAGCUGUUUCAUGACGGAAACCCAAAGCAGCUCACUUCUCGAGCAGAUGGCAGAUGCUUUUCUGGCUUAAAUAGAAAUUGAGCAAUCAAUAGCACAAUAAAUGGUAAGGUGUUUGUUUAGUCACUGGACCCAGCAGUGGGGUCUUUGCUCACAUUAUUUCUGUCACCCGGGGACCUCGGAGCUUCUGUUGAGUUAAAAAAAACUCUGCGUGUUUGUUUAUAUAAGAACCGAUCACAGAUUCAAAUUUGCUUGUACAACUACUCUCUCUCUCUAUCUGUCCUUCUCACUGCACACGCCAGGCUACACACAAUAUCCAAAAGAUGUUACACAAAAUUACAAUGAUUGGUUGUUAAAAAGGUGUGGGGAAUCCGUGGUUUAGACUUAGACCCCCUUUGAUGUACCACAGGUUAACCUCUCUUUGUCUCAGCCUUGUGUUCACUGGUACUAUAUGUGUGUUUUACCAGCCAGUUUGUUGAUGCUUGUGCUACCAUGUGUGUGUUAUCAGAAAGGAUGUUGAGCUCAUACAGCCUGCAGCCUUGAAAGAAGACCGUUAAAGCUCCUUCACCUAUCAGUCUGUGUCAAAGUUCUGUCUGGCAUAAUGCAGCUGCUGUUUUGACCUCCAAACAAGUAUUCACACAUGCCCCCGCCCUUAAAACACAAAUGUUUUUACCCUAACAAUGCUCUCUUUCACUACUUUGAAGAUGUGAACUUUAAGCAACAACAUUUAAGCAUUCAAAAAUAAAAAAGGUUUAAAUGUUAAUUAACUUUAAAAAACCUGCACCUGGAGUAGUUUCAAAGCAUAAACAGUGGAUAAAAGUGGAUAAAAGAUAAAAGUAGCAACUUAUUUACAUGAUACAUAGUCUAAUUAUAUGCAUUAAAAGGGCAAAACAUUUUCAUAGCAAUGUAAAGUGAUCGUUUCAAUUUCUUUGAACUAUUGCAGUGCAUUUGUAAGAAAAGUGAAUAAAUCCUCAAAGAGGUGGAAGGCUAACUGCUUUUCAGACGGACCUUACCCCCAAGAGAGCCCAUUUUAAUGUUUGUAAUUGUAUUCUCAGCUGAACGUCUCCAUGAUGUAUAAUUGUUUGAUGUUGCAGACUGUCCAGAAGUGUUUUCCUCCAUUUUCUUCCUCCAGGUCUAUUGUUUGAAAACUAACCCAAAAUCUCACAAGCAAUUAAUAGUGCAGAUAAACUGAUCAGGUGGACUGGGAGCCUCCGCCAACUUAACUAUGGUGCCGGAACCUAGACGUUGUUAAGCUGGGAAAACAGCAUCAAACCUAACAACAACAACAACAGGGUUUUCCGACUGAGCAGCUGACCUGAUUUCAUCUUUGAGACUACACAUGAAUCCCAUUUGGACAAGAGUCAGUGUUAAGUGAGAUCAUUACUGCAAUAUUGCGACUAAAACAAGAAGGAAAUUGGUUUAUUCAUAGUGAACCUGUCUUUGAGUUACAAAUUUUUAAUUCUCUCAAGACCAGGCGGUUAUACUGGGUCUAAGCUAAAUCAAAGCUACUUACAGACAUAAUAUUGGCUCAAGUCUAAAUGAAAUCUAUACGUAGCUUCAACAUUGAAAUCAGAUAUUUUUCUCACUGGGAUCAAUGUGUAGAAAAUUACGAGGUUUUCUUUUUAAAUUCUGUUUGUUUGUUUUUUAAGAAAAGAAGAAUAGUUUGAAACAGAUAGAAACAGUACACAUUUUUAAUAAAUGUUAUGUUAAACAGCACUAAUAGGGUGCGUUUUGGAGAUCACAGAAGCAAUAAUUUUACUGUUAUUAGGCAGUUGUUCAGCAUAAAGCAUAAGAAUUUCACCUUUGUAGUUAAUUCACCAAGUGACUUAUAACACAGAGACAAUAUAGUGUUGACAGGAUCUCUCUAUGGCAGAUGAGCUGAUUUGUAUUUGUAAAAGAAGUCAAUAAUUUUCAUUGUUAAAAUAAUAAUCCCAUGACUCAUACACAUGAAAACUCUUGGUGUUACUGUAUAUAUUAUUUGUGCUCAGUUGCUGGGCAAUAUGUAGCUCACCUUGUAAGGACAGUGUGCAUAUAAAGAGGUGGCUAAAAUAGUUCCUCAUUUAGACUUCUAACAAAUGUCUAAAAAAACGAUUUAGACGUACUCUAAACUUACACUUUUAUACUAAAUAUAUCCCAAUUUUAGCCUGGAGCUCCAUUGACUAUUUAGACAUUGUUUAGAUGUUGUUUCAAUUAAAAUAUACUCAGUAGGUUAGGUCUUGCUCAGAGGCUGUGGGAUUUGUGUCAUCUCCAAAUGCCCUGCUCUCUAACCACUAGGCCACCACUCACCCCCAGCUAGUAGGGAUCUAUUAUUGGUAAUAUUUCAUCAGAACCUCACCUCAAAAAUCAGAACUAUCCCUUUAAUAUUACUAUGUUUAGGGCCAAGAGCAUUAAUUUCCUAUCAGAAGAUAUCACUUGUGUUUAAUAGCUUCUGGAAGAUCAUCUGGCCUAAAACACCAUCAUACACAAACAGAGCAGAUGACUGACGUCUCAUCUUGUGAGCGUAUUAAUGACCAAAAUGAUCCAUCACCAGCAGCCAUUUAGCUUUAUCCAAUAAAAAAACCUUCAAAUCAGCCUUCUGCAUCGGUCUCAGCCCCGCUGGUCACAUCUGUCAUGUUGAGUAGCCCAUCAAAACUUAAUUACAGAUGACGAUCUGUCCAGGUCUUCAUUGAUGCCCCAGGGUUGCAUCUGAUUAUUAUUCUGAUUAAAGUUAGAAUAAUCUUUACGAUUGGAUAAGAAUAACUUGCAUCCAAGUGUAAAGACAGUAGAGUUGCCCAGAAUAAUGAGGAAGGGUAAGGGAAAGUUGUCUUCUUAGAUUCCUUUGUUCUUCUAAGUCUUUUUUUUUUGGUCCAUGUAACUGAAAUAAACUAAUUUAAAACAGUAAUAAUAUAAAUAAAUAAAAACUUGCUAUGUUAUUACAUUUCUUUUUCUUUUGCAUUUUGUUCAUUCUGCAACAAUUCAAACUAGAUCAAAAAAUGAAAUAUCCUUGCACAGAUGUGUUUCGUGACCCUGCCCCAAUAAAUUACAUGUUGCAAUCUGUAAAUCACUGAAAAACACUGUGACUUUGGUGAUUGGCACAGUCGCCUCAAAAGAUUUAAAGCUUGUAUAUCAGCUGUUGCCUGAAAGGGAUUAAUAGCAAAAUUUGAAGUAGUAUACAGAUGUUUUGUAAUACUCAUCUGUACCAUGGGUACUUACUAGCUCGGGCCUCAACCAGAUAUUCUGGGACUUAUUUUUAUAUCAGUUUUGUAUCAACUACUUAACAUGAGUCCUUUUAACACCAUGAUUCAAUUUACCUUUUUUGUUCACAGAUGUGCAUCUCUAAUACUUUGUGGCAAUGAUAACUUUGGAUUUAAAAAGGGCUGAAACAAAAACUUUUACUUGGCAAUGCAUAGUCUCUGGAUUUCUUUCUAGUGUCAUGACCUGAAACCUCUACUUCUCUUUGUUUCCCAGCUGUGAGAGCUGUGAUCAUGAGGCUAAUGUGGAAGUCCGUGGACAAAAUGAGGUGUUUAAGGAAACGAUCCAUGCUCCACGUCCUCACCUUCCUACUCACCUCUCUGCUCUUUUUUAACCUUUACAUGGAUGAUGGCUAUGUGAUGGAAGGUGAAAAAAGACUGCUGGGAGAGACGUUGAUUCGUCCUUCAAGCUCUGACAGAUAUGUGCACACAUUUAAAGAUUUGUCCAAUUUCUCUGGGAGUAUCAAUGUGACAUAUCGCUACCUUGCUGGAAUUCCUUUGUCAAGAAAAAAGUAUCUUACCAUCGGCUUGGCAUCAGUAAAAAGGAAAAGAGGAAACUACCUUCUAGAGACGAUCAAAUCCAUCUUUGACCAGUCCAGCUAUGAGGAGCUGAAAGAGAUUGUGGUUGUGGUUCAUCUGGCAGACUUUGACCUGGUCUGGUGUGAGAACGUGGUACAGGAAAUCACCAGGAAGUUUGCUCACCACCUUAUAUCUGGGCGCCUCCUGGUCAUCCAGGCCCCAGAAAUGUUCUACCCCUCUCUGGAUGGCUUAAAGAGGAACUACAACGACCCGGAAGACCGGGUCCGUUUCCGCUCCAAGCAGAACGUGGACUACGCCUUCCUCCUGAACUUCUGCACCAACCUGUCCCGCUUCUACGUGAUGUUGGAGGACGAUGUGCGAUGCUCCAGGAACUUUCUGGCAGCACUGAAGAAGGUGAUCACCUCAAGGGAAGGUUCCUACUGGGUGAUGAUGGAGUUCUCAAAGCUGGGUUACAUCGGUAAGCUCUACCACUCCAGAGACUUGCCCCGCCUGGCUCAUUUCCUCCUCAUGUUCUACCAGGAAAUGCCUUGUGACUGGCUCCUCAUCCACUUCAGAGGUUUGCUGGCUCAAAAGGACGUGAUCCGCUUCAAACCCUCGCUCUUCCAGCACAUGGGCUACUACUCGUCCUACAAAGGGGUGGAGAACAAACUGAAGGAUGAUGACUUCGAGGAGGACUCUAUAGACAUUCCAGACAACCCCCCUGCCAGCAUUUACACAAACAUCAACGUCUUUGAGAACUAUGACGCCACCAAAGCUUACAGUAGUAUAGUUGACGAGUAUUUCUGGGGGAAACCACCAUGCACUGGAGACUUCUUUAUCAUAAUCUUCAACAAAUCAAUAAAAAUGAGCAGAAUUAAAAUUGUGACUGGCACAGAGGAUCGGCAAAACGACAUCCUUCAUCACGGAGCUCUGGAAGUAGGCCAGAAGUCGGUGGAGACCAAACAGGGAAGACAGUGUACGUCCUACAUCACAUUAGGGGAGUUUAAAGUCGGUAACUUUGAGAUUAAUGACGUGGACCACAAGAUUGCAUUUGACAUUGAGUGUGUCAGGAUAGUUGUCACAGCUAGUCAGAAAGAAUGGAUCAUCAUAAGAACUAUCAGCCUCUGGACCACACAGUCAGUCAGUUAAAGUAGGGAAUCUAAAUUAUUUUAGCUUUUUUUCUGUGUCUCUAAAUUUGAUAGGAUGACUUCAUUUUGGAUUUUUACUGUGCAUUAAAUUUAAACCAAUCCAUAUUUUCUUGGGUUUCUCAAAGAUCUGUAAAUUUUCAUUGUGAUGUAUCAAAAACAGAACUGCUGUGUAAAUAGAGCAUUUCUAAUACAAUGUUAAUUUUCUGAGGAUCUAUUUAUAAAAAACAUUUACACAUUGA